UUAAUAUGAAAUAUUUCGUUAAAAUUCUUUCAAUUUACUCUAAUUAAUAAUAUAAAUCAAACAUGAACUCUUCCUAUGAACAUUAUGCAUUAUAUAUUUUUAGUGUCAAAUUGCGUCAGCUUUGUAAUUUGGUAGGAAGGAUCAGCGCUGUUUCCCAUCCCAUCUGCUUCUCAUCUUUCUUCUUUAUAUUUUCAUCGCCAACCCUCCCUUUCCACAGUUUUCUUGUUAAUUUGCAACCAAAAAAGCCUUUCUCUCUCUCAGAUAUCUCACAAUCUGUAAUCUUUUAGCUCAUCCGAAUCCAAAAUCUAUCCUUGCGAUUGCUUUCUCCUCCACAAAUGGUGCUGUCAAAGCUUAGCCAUAGGUUUUUCAAGUUUAGAAGUCUAGUUUCUUGCCAAUAUCCAACUCCCACAUAUCAAUUCAAUUUGUAGAAUUUCUGUUUCAUACCCCAGAAGACGAUUCUCCUCCACAAACCCAGAUUUGAUAUCAUUUGCUUAACAAAAGGCUUUUUCCUUUUUCCCAUUGGUUGACACGAACUAUUCUCUUUUCCCACCAUACCAACCUCUCAACAGUCUUUGCCUACACCUACAGUUUUUUCUUUUGGCUCUAAAAAUCUUCUUCGACAGUAUCUGUUUAUACCAACAUAUAUUCUUGACUCUUGUCUCUCUCUCAAAGGACUAAAUGGUUUCCACUGACUACUACGGCUUCUCUCACGCAGUUGUGGAAAUGGCUUGGAUUAUGCUCAGUGUCGAUUAUUCAAGGCUGUUUUGGGUAUUGUUUGGUGUUUUUUCCUAUGAAAAUCAUGAAGGAAAGCCUCGGAUCAUCUAGUUCAUCUCCAUACGAUCAUCAUCAAGUUUCUUUCUUCUAUAAUCCUAUCUGUACUUGUUCUUGAAUUAUACAAGUAGAAUAAAAUAGUUGUGUUCUGAAGAUUUUUUUAUUACAAUAACCCCGAGAGGUUUUGAGGGUGCCUGAUUUCUCAGACCAUGUACAAAACACGUCUAGGAGGAUGUGUUGAUGGAGUUAAAUCUCAGCUUGGAUACGUUGAAACCGAUCCAUCUGGUCGGUAUGGACGUUUCAGGGAGAUUCUUGGUAAAGGAGCCAUGAAGACAGUGUAUAGGGCAUUUGAUGAGGUCCUUGCAAUGGAGGUGGCAUGGAACCAGGUGAAGCUUAAUGAUGUCUUCCGUUCACCAGAGGAAUUGCAGCGGCUUUACUCUGAGGUCCACCUCCUCAAGAACCUCAACCAUGAUUCCAUCAUGCGAUUCUACAUAUCUUGGGUCGAUAUUGAUCGUAGAACUUUCAACUUCAUCACUGAGAUGUUCACAUCCGGGACCCUUAGAGAGUACAGAAAGAGGUACCAGCGUGUCGAUAUGCGAGCAAUUAAGAACUGGUCUCGCCAAAUUCUACAUGGUCUAGCGUAUCUGCAUGGCAAUGACCCUCCGGUGAUACAUAGAGAUCUUAAGUGUGAUAACAUCUUUGUCAAUGGUCACCUUGGACAAGUUAAGAUUGGUGAUCUUGGACUAGCUGCCAUUCUCCGCGGGUCACAACACGCCCAUAGUGUUAUAGGUACACCAGAAUUUAUGGCACCAGAGCUAUACGAGGAGAAUUACAAUGAGCUAGUCGACAUAUACUCCUUUGGCAUGUGCGUAUUAGAGAUGCUUACUUCCGAGUAUCCGUAUAGUGAGUGCUCCAAUCCGGCUCAAAUCUACAAGAAAGUGACUUCGGGAAAGUUGCCAGAGGCAUUCUACAGGAUUCAAGAUGAGGAAGCCAUGAGGUUUGUUGGGAAGUGCCUGGAGAAUGCUUCUAAAAGGUUGCCCGCCCAUGAACUCUUGCUUCACCCAUUUUUGGCCUCUGAUGAAGGGAAUCAGCUGCCCAUCCCUAGACUCUUGAGCCAAAAACUAACUCCUAAUGGCUCAGUCGCUGAGCUAGUGCCUUCUGUGCAGGUUGAUCCAACAAGGAGUACUGACAUGUCAAUAACUGGCACAAUGGAUCCUGAAAAUGACACUAUUUUUCUCGAAGUACAGAUUACACACAAGGAAGGCCUUGCUCAGAACAUCUAUUUUCCCUUUGACAUAGUAAAUGACACUGCAAUUGAUGUUGCCUUGGAGAUGGUUAAAGAAUUGGAGAUCAAUGACUGGGAACCAUUGGAGAUUGCUGAUAUGAUAGAGGAGGAGAUAUCUUCCCUCGUUCCAACUUGGAAGGACUGGGGCUCCACUCAAGUGCAUCAUCAGCACAGCUUCAUGUAUGAAGAUGACGACGAAGAUGAUGACCAUAAUGGAAUCUACCAUCCUUUCUAUGCUACCUCCUCUCAUUCUUCCUCCCAAGUUUCCCUCCCAAAUUUAGUUUCUUCCUACGAAACUAAAUUUCAUCAUGGGAAAAACGUGACUUCCAAUUGCAAUUGGCCCCAAGAUAUAGUCAGCAAUGGAGAUGCAAGUCCCAGUUGUUCUAUGAACUCGUUCCAGUACUCUUGCAUCAAUUAUGAAGAUGACUUUGAUUUGAAUCUUCAACAAGGAGAGCACCCCUGCCUUCCAAAGACCCUCAAAUCUACAAGAUUUUGUCCAUCAGAGAGCACGAGAGCUUACAGCGACAAACAGUGCGACGCACAACUUGAUUCAUGGAGGUCGACUCACUUAAACGGCCAGCGGAAGCUAACAAAGAUACGCUCACUUGUGGACAUACGCAGCCGGCUGCUUCACCGAUACGUAAUGGCAGAGAUAAACAAAAUGCGUUUGUUCAAGACCAUAGGAGCAGUGGAGAACAUUGGAUUUCAGGAGCCGGCAGAGAGAGGUUUCAGGCCAGGCAUGUCGUGAUAGCAGCCUGAGUGAAAGGAUUUCAAGAUCACGACGAAAACUAUGUUGGAGAUUUAGAUGGUUAAAAUCUCAUCAAUCUCUCUGUUAAUAUUAUAGUUGCUUUCUGUUGUGUUUCAAGUAGCGAUGCUUGUACAAGUUCUGAAUAGCCUCAAUCUGGUUUAAUUGAAUAACAAAUGCAGAUUGCGAUGUGUCACAGACUGUGAGGAGAGUAUUCCGUAAAACAUCACUGUAUACAUAUAUUCUGGAUUGAGAAAACUGUAUUGUUAUAGGACUACCUGCAUCUUUGAUAUAUUACAGGACUAAACAUGAGACAUAAUUUAAGUCUUAGACGUGGAUAAGGUAUGUUUUGCUCAGACUACAAUUUUUG